AUGAAGAUUAUCGGUAGUGUCAACGCGACGCUCUCCGGACGUAUCGGUACAGCACUAGUUGAGGCUGAGGGCAUCGUCGAUGUCCUCAUGCGCCUCGAUAACGUCGAGAAUGAGUCCAAGGACUCCCGCGCACACAUCCUCGUCGCACCCCCCGGUGCAGACCCGAAGCACUACGUGCAGAAGCCUGCGGGGGAUAACGGGUGCUGUGGUCGCGGACGGCGCAGUGGCAGCAAGAUGGACGUCGACCGAUGA